UCCGGUUCGGUGAGUGGCGGCGGGAAGCUGGGGGAGGGGUGAGGAUGGAGGGAGCUUGGGCCGGGAGGCAGUGCGGGCCCGGGCCCGGCAGCCUGGGCUGGGCUGGACGGAAGCGGGGACGGCUGUGGGGACGGCGCUUUUUCCUCUGCCCCGCCCCCUGGGACCACCUCCCCUCACCCCUGCUGUCUGCCGGCCGCGAUCUGGCCGGUGGCCGUUAGUUAGGUUUCCCGAGGCCGUUCCUUGAGGCCUCUUUCUCCGGGGUCGAGGAGAGGCCGUCUCCCUAAGGUCACGGCCGGCCCCAUCUCAGCACCCAGCCCUACGUGUGAGGAAAAGGCCGGUUGGGAUUUCGGGGCUUUCCCGCCAGAGCAGGUUUUCUCUCAGGGGAAAGCUGUUUUCACCAGGAAGCUCCGCUUUUCUGUUAUACCUGCUUCACCUCCCGCCUUCCUUGAGACCUGAAAGAUAUUUCUCGACUACUUCUGCGUGUCACGUAAACAUUUCUCCAACUCUUUUUACUCUGUGGUGUCUCCCCGAGAUGUCAUACCGCUAGUGCCACCACCAGAGAGAAACGUCCGGACCCUCCUCCUGCCCAGGUUAUGAAAAUCCCCUUAACCGCCACCGUUUGCUUACCUGGCUCAUCGCCUUCUGGACUUUGUAUCUUUGCUGAAGUCAGUGAUGUGAAAAUACCUGACAUGGAUGAUACUGCUGAUAGGAUGAGGAUGGAUGCUGGAGAAGUAACUUUAGUGAACCACAACUCUGUAUUCAAAACCCAUCUCCUGUCACAAACAGGUUUUCCAGAGGACCAGCUUUCACUUUCUGACCAUCAGAUUUUACCUUCCAGGCAAGGAAAUUUGGACCGAUCGUAUACUUGUUCUACAAGAAGUACAGCUUAUCCAAAUUAUUAUUCAGGAUUCUUUGUCAGCAAGAUGAGAUCUCCUCCCCUAAAAAGACACAACCCUUCCUCAGACAGUUUUCUUGGCUCAGGAGACCUAAGAACCUUUGGCCAGAGUGCAAAUGGCCAGUGGAGAAAUUCCACUCCAGCAUCAGGUUCAACUUUACAAAAAUCAAGAAACAGCCGAAGUCUUUACCUCGAAACCCGAAAGACCUCAAGUGGAUUAUCAAACAGUUUUACAGGAAAGUCAAACCAUCACUGUCAUGUGUCUGCAUAUGAAAAAUCUUUUCCUAUUAAGCCUGUUCCAAGUCCAUCUUGGAGUGGUUCAUGUCGUCGAAAUCUUUUGAGCCCCAAGAAAACUCAGAGGCGACACAUUAGUACAGCAGAAGAGACAGUUCAAGAGGAAGAACGAGAGAUUUACAGACAGCUUCUACAGAUGGUCACAGGGAAACAGUUUUCUGUAGCCAAACCCACCACACACUUUCCUUUACACUUGUCUCGGUGUCUUAGUUCCAGUAAGAAUACUUUGAAAGACUCACUGUUUAAAAAUGGAAACUCUUGUGCAACCCAGAUCAUUGGCUCUGAUACUUCAUCAUCCGGAUUGGCCAGCAUUUUAACUGCCCAGGAACAAUUGUCCCACAAUGUGUUUUCCAUAUCAUCUUAUACCCCAGAUGUUGUUGCAUUUGGAUCCAAAGAUUCUGAUCCUCUCCAUCAACCCCAACAUCACCACUCUCUUUCACAUCAGCCAGAUAACUUACCAGCUUCAAAUACACAAUCUGAAGGAUCAGACUCUGUGAUUUUACUCAAAGUGAAAGAUUCCCAGACUCCAACUCCCAGUCCUACUUUUUUCCAGGCAGAGCUGUGGAUCAAAGAAUUGACUAGUGUUUAUGAUUCUCGAGCACGGGAAAGAUUGCGCCAGAUUGAAGAGCAGAAAGCACUGGCAUUACAGCUUCAAAACCAGAGACUGCAGGAACAAGAACAUUCAGUACAUGAUUCAGUAGAAUUGCAUCUUCGUGUGCCUCUUGAAAAGGAGAUUCCUGUCACGAUCGCCCAAGAAACAGGAAAAAAAGGUCAUAAAUUAACGGAGAGCGAAGAUGAAUUUCCUGAAAUCACAGAGGAAAUGGAGAAAGAAAUAAAGAAUGUAUUUCGUAAUGGGAACCAGGAUGAAGUUCUGAGUGAAGCAUUCCGCUUGACCAUUACACGCAAAGAUAUUCAAACUCUAAACCAUCUGAACUGGCUCAAUGAUGAGAUCAUCAAUUUCUACAUGAAUAUGCUGAUGGAGCGAAGUAAAGAGAAGGGAUUGCCAAGCGUGCAUGCAUUUAAUACCUUUUUUUUCACUAAGUUAAAAACGGCUGGUUAUCAAGCAGUGAAACGUUGGACCAAGAAAGUGGAUGUCUUUUCUGUUGACAUUCUUUUGGUGCCCAUUCACCUGGGAGUGCACUGGUGUCUUGCUGUUGUAGACUUUAGAAAGAAGAAUAUUACCUAUUACGACUCCAUGGGUGGGAUAAACAAUGAAGCCUGCAGGAUCCUCUUGCAAUACCUGAAGCAAGAAAGCAUUGACAAGAAAAGGAAAGAGUUUGACACCAAUGGCUGGCAACUCUUCAGCAAGAAAAGCCAGGAAAUUCCACAGCAGAUGAAUGGAAGUGACUGUGGCAUGUUUGCCUGCAAAUAUGCUGACUGCAUUACCAAAGACAGACCAAUCAACUUCACACAGCAACACAUGCCCUACUUCCGGAAGCGGAUGGUCUGGGAAAUCCUCCAUCGAAAGCUCUUGUGAAGACUGUCUCAAUUAGCAAACGUGGACUUGUGGGAGACCAGCUCUUUGUUGUCUACGGCCAGAGACCUUGGAAACAGCUGCUCCCAACCCUCUGUUCUUGUAAAGUCCUUGAUCCUGGACCAGGCCCUGGAGAGAUGCACUCACAAGCACAUCUGCCUUUCCUUUUGUAUCUCAGAUACUAUUUUUGCAAAGAAACUUUGGUGCUGUGAAAGGGGUGAGGGACAUCCCUAAGCUGAAGAGAGAGACUGCUUUUCACUUCUUCAGUUCUGCCAUCUUAUUUUCAAAGGGCUCCAGCCUCACUCAGUCUCUAAUUAGGGGCCUGAGAGAAGCUUGGAAAGACUCUUGAUUUCAUGUAAACUCUUGUUGUUAGGCCUUACUAAGAGGUAGGAAAGGACGUGGGCAAAAAGGUAGGGAUGAAAACCACCAGCAUAUACACGCACACAUACAUAAACACAGGAUUUUCAAGAUAUGUCACUGGGAAAGUGACUGUAAACUGGACUUUGGGGCACCUGCGUAAUUCCCUCCUCCAGGACUUUUCCUAUUUAUAUGCCCCUUUGUAAAAUCCGUCUGCUUCUGUACAAGGCUGUUUUAUCAUCUGUAGCUUCUUCCUCUCCUGAGGCACAACACGUGAGCCCUGGAUGGACCCCAAAGUCCCAGGCAGUCCUUUCCUUAAAAGCAGAGGCUUGCAUGUGCUCACAACACAUGAUAUGGGGAAGACCCACCCAGGGAGCGGUUUAGUGGAGCGACAAGGCACCACUUUUACUGCUACCUACUUCUGACCAAGAAGAAGGACCUCAGUCUUUAGCAUAAAAUUCCAGCAUUGGAUGAAUGCAGGUCUAGUUUGGUCUGUGGCUAGCUAGUUUAAAUAUGUUUCUAACCACAGAGAAUUUAAUAUAUAUAUAUAUUUCACAGGGAUAUGUUUUUGUUUUUUUUUUUGAAGGCUGAAUGUGUUCACCAUUUUAGCCUGUAGGUUUAUUACCAUUUUCCAAAUUUAGCUCCAGCACGCACAGAUCCCAGCCCCUAUGUGUAGGGUGUUUGUGGACUUCCUAACAGAAUAUUUUGAUUCCUGGAUGGAUUUGGCUUAGGGGUAGAGGUUACAGAGGGAGGCGAGAUUUUCAACUGGAAAACGGGUGGAAUUUGUACUGAUCAACCUGAGAAUGAAAAACUGCUAUUCCUUUUGUUCUAUGUGGCAUCUCCCCACCCUCUGAGCGCUCCUCAGGCUAGAUAGUGAAAUGAUCCAAUGCCAGUGUCAUUUUGUACUUAAGUUCCAAAAUAGGAACAUUUUAUACUUUUUUCUGUAUUGUAAUAGGUAGUUUUGUACGAAAUCUUUUCUUCUCUUCCCAUGUACCUCAUCCUUUCCAACAUUGUGCUUUCUCCCUGGGCUUAUUUGAAAAUUUUACUCUGUUUUAUAUCAAGCUUGUUUAGUACAUUUUUCUAUGUGUUACCACAGGUUACAAUUUGAAAAGAAAACUAUUUUUUUUAAAUAUUCCAUUGUUAACUGAAUGUUACUGUUUUCCACUCCAGCAACUAGAUGUCCUACGUUUUUCAUACUGCCUGCCUUUAGGGGGAAGACCACCUUUUGUUUGUUUGUUUUCUUUUUUUUUCUUCUUUCUUUCUUGCCUGUUUUGUUUUGUUCUGUUUUGUUUUGUUUUGGGUUUUUUUGGUGUUUUCUAUAGGAAAUAAAUAGCUUUCUAUAUAUGA